AUGUUCAGGUUCAGGCAGUUUUUCCGUACCUUUUUCCAACAACCACCCAAGCUCCCUGGUGCUCGAACAGCUUCGACUACCCCGGCCUCCCUCUGCGCCCUAUCAAUGGCUUCAUACAUGACCACCGUCACUAAGACCCCCGACCUAGGCCCCGCGCCCCACGACGCCUCCUCCAAGCCGCAUCACGUCAAGAAGCAUGGCAACACUGUUGGCUUCAAAAACUUGCACCCUUCUUGUGGCGAUGGUGUUGGCUUCCCCCAACUCUUGCGACUUGUCGUCUGGCCCCGGUUGAUCGGCGACCUAAAGUCCCCUGACACCUCGCCGCCGACUGUCAAAGUCGUCAAGCCCGAUUUCCUCCCUACCCGCACUGCCUCCAAUAAGCUGCGCGCGACCUGGCUCGGCCACGCCUGCUACUACGUUGAGUUUCCUUCGGGACUGCGCGUGCUCUUCGACCCCGUCUUCGAGCAAUGUUGCUCGCCCUUCUCCUUCAUGGGCCCCAAGCGAUACACGCCAAAGCCCUGCGAUCUUGUUGACAUCCCCUUUGUCGACGCCGUCCUCAUCAGCCACAGCCACUACGACCACCUGUCCCACCAGUCCGUCCUCACCAUCCAGAAACACAACCCAAAGGCCCACUUCUUCGUCGGUCUAGGUCUUGAGACGUGGUUUAGGAACGCUGGCUUGAAAAAUGUAACCGAGCUCGACUGGUGGGAGGACGCCGAGAUCUCUCUGGUCGUGGAGAAGGGCGUCGACCAUAUACCCGAGACCAUCUCCGCCCAGAUUUCUUGUCUACCCAGCCAGCACACCUCUGCCCGCACACCGUUCGACAAAGAUACCACCCUGUGGGCCUCGUGGGGUGUCAAGUCUGCUGGGAAGUCGGUCUGGUUUGGCGGCGACACUGGAUACCGCGCCGUGCCGCGGGUCCCACUCGACGUGGAUGACUACGGCCCAGAGUACGCCCACCUGCCCGUCUGUCCGCAGUUCAAGCAGAUCGGCGACCUGCGCGGGCCGUUCGACCUCGGUCUGAUUCCCAUCGGCGCAUAUUACCCUCGUGUGGCCUUCUCGGGAGUGCACGCAAAUCCCUUUGAUUCUGUCGAGAUAUUCCAGGAUACAAAGUGCGAGCGCGCCAUGGGUAUCCACUGGGGCACGUGGGCGUUAACCCUGGAAGAGGUCUUGGAGCCGCCGAAGCUCCUGCAGGAUGCCAUGAAGCGCAAAGGGCUUCCGCCAACGGGCGUGUUUGAUGUGUGCGAUAUUGGGGAGAGCAGGGAGUUCUAA